CCUAGCAUGGGUGUUCAAUGAAAAACAGAACUUUUAUAUUCGGACAUGUCUGUUAGGCGGUAAAAAGAACCGAAUGUCUAAAUACAUGUUCUCAAUACAUCACUUUUGCAGUACGUGGAGGAUAAUUGCCUUAAAAACUCAAACGCGAACGCCGACAUCUCUGUGGUGGUUGUGGUCGUGUAACUGUCAUACGGGUCCCGAGGUUGUUUUACAACUGAACGAGCAAAAAGGAGUCCCCAAUAACCAGGUAACAAAAAGGCACAAAAAAAAAAGAUCUUCAUGUCAACCAGUACUGGAAAGCUUUGACCGGCAGUACAGUCAGGAACUUGGAGACUUGUGGGCAAAUGCAAGAGCAGUGCUCCUGGACCCUCUCUCUUGGCAGUAUGGGGUCAUGAUCAACAGCUUCAGCACUGUGACAGACAUCACACAGAUUCUCCACUCACAGGGCUUUUCCACAUUACUGCCAGAUGUCUCCAUGUUGCAUUGUGAAGGCCCAUCAACAGUAGCACCUCACUACAUCUCCAAGUGCCCUCCGAAUGACUCCUAUCUUCAACCUGACAGCACCUUUCAUGCCCUCGGUCAGGACCUUCAGUCAGAGCCUUCACUCAGUUUGCCCCGUCCUUCAUUACAAUGUUACAUCCACACACUUCCACUACGGUUUCCCUCUCAGGCUCACAGGCCUGGCCAGCUGAAGCAGUACUACCUCCUGAAUGCUGCCUCCCUGCUUCCAGUGCUGGCUUUGCAAGUCAGAGAUGGGGAGAAGGUUUUGGAUCUUUGCUCUGCCCCUGGGGGAAAAGCUUUAGCCAUGAUGCAGUGUGCCACCCCAGCUCUUCUCUGCUGUAAUGAACCAGACCCUCACAGACGGGACUGGCUGGCCAAAACCCUGGAGUCUUUUCUGCCUUACUCAUUGAACAGCAGAGUGAUUGUGGCUGCACAGGAUGGACGGUCUUUUGGGCAAAGUGCAGCAGGAACAUAUGACAAGGUUUUAGUCGACGCCCCAUGUUCUAAUGACAGGAGCUGGCUGUAUUCUUGCAGCAGCCAGCAGGGGGAGCAGAAACUAAAGGAAAGAGCCAGGCUGCCUGCACUCCAGGCUCAACUGCUAAAGUCUGCACUGUCAGCAGUGCGUCCAGGGGGCGUUGUGGUCUAUUCCACAUGCACGCUGUCCAGCUCAGAGAACUACGCUGUGGUUGAGACAGUGCUCAAUGACUGUCCUGAGGCUGAACCUGAAGACCUGUGGGAGGGGAUUGCUGUUCCUUUAUCAAAAUACUUUGCAUUUAGUCCUGCUCACCCUGAUCAUGGACAGACACUUCACAAGCCGUCCCUACAACCACAGAAUGGCACUGUGUCUUCUUAUCACCACAGACUCGGCAUUUUAGUGGUUCCUCAGCCCGGCAAGACCUGGGGACCUAUGUUUUUGUCUCGUAUUAGAAGAAGGAAAUAGGGUGUAUUCUCCAGCAGAGAAAAGAUAUGUGGAAACUAGGGCUGGGCACAUUAAUGCGUUAUUAUCGCGUUAACGCAUUAAUUAAUUAAUUAUUAUUUUAUCACACGUUAACGCAGUUAUUAUUUUGAAAGUCCGUUUCUCACUAGCUCUGAAUACACAUACAGUCAAACAAUGGGUAACAGGAGGAGUGGGAUGUUGAUCAACCAAUAAAUCACCCAACCAAACACGCAGUGGAGGGAGGCUUCGGCAGACUACGUUGCAUGCAGAGAAGUAGAUAAACAAAAGCAAGACAAGCGAUCAAAUGCCAUAGCGAAGUGGAUAGCUACACACUGCAUGCUGAUUAGUAUUGGGGAAGAUGUUGGUCUUAGGAACGUUCUUAAAAUCACAACAUAGUUACUUGGACCCGCAGGGUUGCUCUUUGCUCCGGUGAUCAGACGGCGCUCCGCGAGGAAACAGCAGGCGCUCUAUGGAGAGUAACCAUGGCAACGUCUUCUGUGCGCUAAACAGCUGUAGCCUAUUUAACUUUAAUUUAACUAGGCUACGUAACUUUACCUGAUAGGCCUUGCAUCUAGUUUUGCGGGGAUGCUCUGCCAUGCGAAUUCCCUCCUGUUGAUGUCCUGAUAACUGUGUAGUAGACAGUAAUAGAUUCUGGAAACAGCGAGGAUUAGUCUCUCUUCCAAUGAUUUGUGCUCUGCCUCGGGUACACAAAGUUCAAGACAAAUCAACAGAGGCGGCGGGCAUAUGCGUGAACUACUUCACCUCACUCUAACAGGGACACUUGCUACUGAACAUACACUGUUUAUGCUGCUCCCUUGAAAAAAUGUUUCUGCUGGUACCUGUUCAGAAAAAAAAAUAGAUUUAUAAAUGUUAACCAUGCGUGCAUUAGCAGUGCAUUUAAAUUAAAAGUGCCCAAUACACUACCUUAGAAUUCAUUAUUCUAUUUUGCCGCAUAACAAUGCGAUUAAUCACUGAAAAUCACAUUCCCUUAGUAUGAUUUUUGUUAGCUGUGGCGUUUUUAAGGUGUCCUACCUUAUGAAAGUACCUAAUGAAACUGACUUGUAACUCACUCACACAAACGGACAACCUUUCUAAUUCACAUUUAGUACACUGCCAACCUGUGACACUUAUAGGGGAUGAAAGUAGUAACAACAGCAGUAGUUCACACAGGCAGAUUUAUACAUGUCAUUGUUGCAACUUGUUGGCAAAGAAGGUCAUAAUGUGGAGUUGUAACACUUCGGCCACCUGCAAGACAAUAAGUGUUUUAGCUGCAGUUUUGCUGUUAAAUGCAGCUGUUCUUUGUUUCUGUGGGUGUUGAAUGAGAUUUUACAUUUAACACUUGUACCACCUAUAACAAAAUAAAUAUGGAACAUUGCUCACAGCAUUCACACUUAACCUCCAGUGAGAGACAUUAGACAACUCACAGUUAUUUAAAGGUUCUGUAUAUGAGAUUCUGAACAUUAAUAUCGCAGCAAGCAACUAUUUGCUAUGUAAUGAUAGUAAAGAAGUGGAUUAAUGGCGUCCUGAGCAGAAAAUGAUGUCAGUCUCCCUCUGUGUGUUGUCACCCGAGUGUCUCUGUUCUUGUUUUUGAUGGGAAGCUAUUGGGCUUUGAGGAGUGUGAUACAACAGCUGAUUGUUUUCUCAUCUAACUCUGUGAAUUAAGGGUUUAUUUUGAACCAAACCAGAGUUGAUGAUUGUUUGAACAGUGGAAAGACGUACUAAGAUAAUCUCUCUAAUACUGUAAUGUUGCACUUUAAGUGGACAUAUGCUUGACUAGCGCAUUUGUCCCCAAGGAUUACUGCACCCAUUGUAACCUGUUUCACAUCUGCCAGCGAUGGCAUAGAACCAGAAUAUUACGAGGGUUUAUUUCGACCAAACCAGAGUUGGUGUUUGUUGGAACUGUGGAAAGACUAACAAAGAUGGUUUUGGUGAGUUUUAUGUUCUUUCAAUGGAAUCUGGUGUCGAUAUACCAGCUUUUAUUAGUUUGCUUUAUGUCAAUGUUGUGAUCACAACUUUUCCAGGUUUGAUUUUUUGAUUUUAGCCUCUGCAAUCAACCCCUUUUUCAGUCUUUGUUUAUUUUUAUUAUUUAUUGUUUAAGGUAACUAUGCAAGCUACUGACACUGCAGAUGUGCAAUUAGAUGAUAUCAACUAAACAUUUUAAUCCCUAUAAUACUUAAGUCCUGGUUGAUUUGGGGACACCUGCAGUUACUCAUAACAGUGAUAACCUUGGCGUUAUUAGUACCACAAUUUAACCAACUGAGCUAAGCGGCUAUAUAAUACUGCAGGUCACAGAAUUAUGGAGGCAGCAAAACAAAGUAUUGUUGUUUUAAAAAAAGAAGUCAGGCAUUAAUUUGCCUUUUUCCAUCAUUCUGUGAGCAAACAUGUUCCGAUUUUAUGCUGCACACGGCAUGAGUCUGCGAACAGCAGGGCACAGUGAAAGGAGUUACCUCGCUGAGAAGUUGGAGGUGUGCAGCCUGUCACCUGCAGCUCUAAAUCAGGGAAAUAUUGCAAGGAGCAAUAGAACCAGAAGGAGCAGCCACAGCAUGGCAUUACACUCUGCAAUAUUUCAAACUGAUCCGUUGUCAAAAAAUGCCUAAAAUGUCGUAGCGUUCAGUGCUAAGCUCACUGACAAAUGCACUGCAUAUCCUGUGACUGCUUCAUCAUAAAAGUCAAUUGCUGUCCGCCAAUAAUAUACUUUUAAUGUGAAGCUGAAGCAGUAGGAAAUGUUGGUUCAGCAGUCAUUUAAUACAGCAUUUUUCCGAGAAUCUCGCCACCAACGCCCAUUUCGGGAUACUUCAAAUAUAUAAAUAUUCCAAUACUUUCAUGAGUGGGCCACUGUGUUACCUUAUACUGGCAAUGGGUAGUGACUUCACAGACAUUGAAAUGAAAUGAUCUUCAAGAUUGUACUUUUAAGUGCUUAACACUGUGUCCAUGUUGUAUAAUAAAAAUGAUAAUACUGUAAGACUGCAAUGUUCUGCGAUGUAAGAUAGUAAGAUUAAAAAUUCAUCCAGAGUUUAUUAUAUUAGGAGUGAGCGCUUGCAGUGAGUUUUAUUACAGUUUGUGUGAGUUUUAGUUUCUAAAUACUCAUGAGUGGUAGUUAGGGAAUGAGAGAUGACAUUACAGUACUUACCACUGCAGAAGCUUACAUUCAGGAUCUCCAUUUUCCAAAUCAGGUUGCACUUAUUCAAUUUUCAUCACUGACAUUAUUAAACGUUUCUAUCUGAA